GCGAGUGAGGUGGGAGGGGCGGAGGCGGGAGGCGUGCUGGGCCCCGGCGGCAGCAGAGGCAGUGUCGGCCGCUGGCGGUGGGGGGAGCCGUGCGGUUCCGGCUGCCCCGGCGAGGCGACCUCUGGGCCCGCGCCGCGGGCGUGGAGGACAGGUAGGCGAGCGGGCAGCCGCGGCUCCGGGAGAAACUCGGGCUGCGGAGUCCCCUACGGCGCCCGGUGCGCCGCUCGCACCCUCGGCCUCCAGCGUUGAGGCGGGGGAGGAAGGAGAUGCCGACCCAGAGAGACAGCAGUACCAUGUCUCACCCGAUCGCAGGCGGCGGCGGCAGCGGGGACCAUUCUCACCAGGUCCGGGUGAAAGCCUACUACCGCGGGGAUAUCAUGAUAACACAUUUUGAACCUUCACUCUCCUUUGAGGGCCUUUGUAAUGAGGUUCGAGACAUGUGUUCUUUCGACACCGAACAGCUUUUCACCAUGAAAUGGAUAGAUGAAGAAGGAGACCCAUGUACAGUAUCGUCCCAGUUGGAGUUAGAAGAAGCCUUUAGGCUUUAUGAGCUAAACAAGGAUUCUGAACUCUUGAUUCAUGUAUUCCCUUGUGUACCAGAACGUCCUGGAAUGCCCUGUCCAGGAGAAGAUAAAUCCAUCUACCGCCGAGGUGCUCGCCGCUGGAGAAAGCUUUAUUGUGCAAAUGGCCACACUUUUCAAGCCAAACGUUUCAACAGGCGUGCUCAUUGUGCCAUCUGCACUGACCGAAUAUGGGGGCUUGGACGUCAGGGAUAUAAGUGCAUCAACUGCAAACUCCUGGUUCAUAAGAAGUGCCACAAACUUGUAACAGUUGAAUGUGGGCGGCAUUCUUUGCCACCGGAACCAAUGAUGCCCAUGGACCAGUCAUCCAUGCACUCAGACCAUGCACAGACAGUAAUUCCAUAUAAUCCUUCAAGUCAUGAGAGUUUGGACCAAGUUGGUGAAGAAAAGGAGGCAAUGAACACCAGGGAAAGUGGCAAAGCUUCAUCCAGUUUAGGUCUUCAGGAUUUUGAUUUGCUACGGGUAAUAGGAAGAGGAAGUUAUGCCAAAGUACUAUUGGUGCGAUUAAAAAAAACAGAUCGUAUUUAUGCAAUGAAAGUUGUGAAAAAAGAGCUUGUCAAUGAUGAUGAGGAUAUUGACUGGGUACAGACAGAGAAGCAUGUUUUUGAGCAGGCAUCUAAUCACCCUUUUCUUGUUGGGCUGCAUUCUUGCUUCCAGACAGAAAGCAGAUUGUUCUUUGUCAUAGAGUAUGUUAAUGGAGGAGAUCUAAUGUUUCAUAUGCAGCGACAAAGAAAACUUCCUGAAGAACAUGCCAGAUUUUACUCUGCAGAAAUCAGUCUAGCAUUAAAUUAUCUUCAUGAACGGGGGAUAAUUUAUAGAGAUUUGAAAUUGGACAACGUGUUGCUGGACUCUGAAGGACACAUUAAACUCACUGACUAUGGCAUGUGUAAGGAAGGAUUACGACCAGGAGAUACAACCAGCACUUUCUGUGGUACUCCUAAUUACAUUGCUCCUGAAAUUUUAAGAGGAGAAGAUUAUGGUUUCAGCGUCGACUGGUGGGCUCUUGGAGUACUAAUGUUUGAGAUGAUGGCAGGAAGGUCUCCAUUUGAUAUUGUUGGGAGCUCCGAUAACCCUGAUCAAAACACAGAGGAUUAUCUUUUUCAAGUUAUUUUGGAAAAGCAAAUUCGCAUACCACGUUCUUUGUCUGUAAAAGCUGCAAGUGUCCUGAAGAGCUUCCUCAACAAGGACCCAAAGGAACGAUUGGGUUGUCAUCCUCAAACAGGAUUUGCUGAUAUUCAGGGACACCCAUUCUUCCGAAAUGUUGAUUGGGAUAUGAUGGAGCAAAAGCAGGUGGUACCUCCCUUUAAACCAAAUAUUUCUGGGGAAUUUGGUUUGGACAACUUUGAUUCUCAGUUUACUAAUGAACCUGUCCAGCUCACUCCAGAUGAUGAUGACAUUGUGAGGAAGAUCGAUCAGUCUGAAUUUGAAGGUUUUGAGUACAUUAAUCCUCUUUUGAUGUCUGCAGAAGAAUGUGUCUGAUCCUCCUUUCUCAACUAUGCAUUUUGCUUGUGUUGCCAUUUAGUGCAUGGAUAAACUUGUUACCAGCCUGGAUACAAAGAACCAUUUUAUAUUUUUCACCUGCAAAAAAAGCACUCAGUAUAUUCUAUUGUUGGCUGUAAGAGUCAAUUAUUACAUCUAAGUUUAACUAUGGAAAAAAAAUGAAACUAGUUUGCAGACAAUCAUGUCAAAAUUUAGUUACACUGGUAAUCCAGCAACCUACUGAUGAAUAAUAAAGUUGUCUUUUUUGUUUAAAGGAAAUACUGACUAAAAAGAGUAUCUGUUGCAUUAAGGCACAUGGUGGGAUUACAUCAUAAGCCUCCCCUGAUUUUUGUCAUACUCAUGAAGUCAUUUAAGUGUCUAAUUUUGGAAUAAAAGAGUAAUGCAAAAUACAACUUGUUAUAUUACCUAUUACUUUCUGAGUUCUGUGUGUUUAAAAAUUCAGCUGUAAAUUUUAUCAUUGCCUUAGCAAAUUAAAUUAUUGAUUUUUAAGGCAGCAAUUAUAAAUUGGUAAUAAAAGAUGUUGCUUGCUUAGAAUGAGGGAAUACAGAUUCUCCUUGAGGAAGAAAAUAGGCACAUUUUAUUAAGAAUCAGAUUCCAAAUCGUUAGCUGUUUUUGAAAAACUGAUUCAAGUGAUUUCUUUAGUAUGUUAAGGGGUUAGUGUCUGAGCUUGUCCCUGUAGCGGGAACUUUAACUGGAGUGUUAAUAAAUGUAGUUCAAAGAACCCAGGAUGCAGUUAAAUGGAACACUUCUCAGUAUAUAAAGAGGAAAAAAUAGAAACUUAAAAUAGAUACAGAAAAGUGCAAUGGUAAUAUUAAUUUCUUAUUGGACAGUAAAUCUCACAGUCGCUUUUUGUGAUUUGACUUAAAUAAUAAGGAAGCACUCACUUGCUACCAAAUGUAAAAGCAUUCCAUUAUCCAGUGGACACAGAAUGUAUACUAUUUUUUCCUUAUAAUUCAGUAUACAGGAAAAUAAUUUAUCUUCCAAAUAGUGUCUGAACCAUGCUUGUUUCUUCCCCAAACCACAUUAUCCAUACUUUCAGAUCCUGUUUGUGGAGUCUUCAAUGAAACUCAAGAAACAAUAAUAAACAUGAAUAAAUCUUCAGGAUAUGCACGUACACUCACAUUCAUCACAGUUCCAGCUCCUUAAGUGAGUUUUUGUUAAGUAGGUAACACAUGUAAUCAGAGUAGAAUACAUUUCAGGGGCAGAGUUCUUCAGAUUAUUUUUUAUUAAUAUUAGUGUUUAACAAUUUAUUAUUUAAAGUGAUACCAAUGAUAGAUAGCAUCCUUCUGUUGUUUAUUUAAAAUUUUUUUUUAUGAAAAGGGACUUAAAAAAUAACCAUGAUCGUUUAAAUUACUUAUAAUUGUCCAAUGUUAGUAAAAUGUAACUUUUAGGAAAGCUAUCUAGCCUUAAAUUUAGAAUGAUUUAGAAUAUGUAGGCAUUUAAUAAAUUAUCUCUUUUUUGGGGGCACGGGGAUGCUGCAUUUCAUUUGAAAUGUAAUUUUUCCAAAGUUUCUGGCCGUGUACUCUCUUUUCUUUGAAUAGCUAUGUCUGAAAGCAAUGAAAACCUCCAAGGAAAUGUUUAUAUAAUUUACAUGUUUAUUUAAGAGGUAUGUAUGUUUCUCUUAAGACCUGAAACUUGUUUUAAAACAUAAAGCAAUAUUCACUUCAAAUCAUAAAUUUAUAGAAAUUUUUGACAUAUCAGAAAUAUGUUUAUCAUCUUGCUUUUAAGUGGUACUGUUUCCCUUAGGGCAUUCGUUCUCAAGUUUUAGAAUGUGGAAUAAUCACGCAGCCAGUGUGUUUAAUAUGCACAUUACUGGGCCUGCCUUAGAGUUCUGUUGGGUCUUUGGACCUCAUUUUGAGAAACAUUUUUUUGAGUUUUUCUUUUAGUUUGUCCUUAGUUACAUAUUAGAGAGAGUAUUCAUGAUAAAACAUUUUGAGAAGGGGUGGACAGUUACUAUCUUAUCUACAAUUUUAAAUGAGUUUUGAGUAAAUGACUUCUUCAAGUUAGAUAUCUUCUAAAAAAAUAAAUCCAUCAGUUUUCUAUCAAUGUUACAAAUGAUGAAACAUUUUUCUGUGAUGAGGUUUUAACCAUUAUUCAGGGUGGCCUUUUUUUUAAUAUUUUUUUUUUAAAAAACUAAUAAGAUUUACUGUGUAUAUUUUAUACAGAAUUGAAUUACAAAUAUGUUUUAAAUUGUAUUCUGGUUUUUGUAGUCCUUAUGUGCCAUGCCAAUUCUUUUUAUAUUACAUAGAAGUUGUUUCAGAUUACUCACCAGGGGACUAAGGCAAUUGACAGAAUGGUUGGAAUUUUGGUAUUCUAAGAAAAAAUUUAUUUUGUAUAAGCAUGUAUGUGGUCAGAUCAUUUUACGUGUAUGCAGCCUGAAAUGCAUAUCAGGUAUUAUGCUUGUUUAGUACCUGUACAUUUACUUUUAAAUUUUGUUUUGUUUUGAUUUUUGUCAUGUAGAAUACUGCCUUGGUAUAAUGUGAUCUGUAUUUGUGUACCUUUUUUUUUACUUUCAAAUCUUUAAAUAAAAUGUUUAAUACUCA